AUGACGUCACACGGCGCGCGCAGACUGGUAGAGGUGAUACAGGUGGUACCUGUGCUGGUACAGGUGUUGGUGCUGCUGGGUGAGGGUGAGGGAUUAAAUGUGGACUCUCGGUUUGCGGUGGUUAAGGAGGGGAACACCGCGGGGGGUCUGUUUGGAUUCUCUGUAGCUCUGCACCACCAAACCGUGGGGGGUGAGCGCUACCUUCUGCUUGUUGGAGCACCACAGGAAAAGGCGGAGGCUUCGCUGUCAGCCAACAGGACGGGAGAUAUGUUUGCUUGUCCAAUCACCUCAAACCCCAAAGACUGUGUCCGAGCGAAUCUGAUCAGCUCAGAGACGCCUGAUAAGGACGGUGUGAUCGAGGGGAUGUGGUUGGGGGUGACAGUAGCCAGUCAGAACAUCCCUGGUGGAAGAGUGAUGGCGUGUGGGCAUCGCUACACCAGGAUGAUGGACAGCGGCAUGAACAUGCGAAUGAUCGGAAAGUGUUUUAUUCGGGGGAACGAUCUGACCUACGACGAGGAAAACGAUUACCAGUGGCAGUACUCACAGGAGGUCUGCAGCCCUGAAGGAAACCACUUCCUGGAGGGAAUGUGCACCAUGGGUAUCUCUGCCACCAUCACAAGCACCGAGGUGGUUGCUGGAGCUCCUGGAUGCUACAACUGGCAAGGUAAUUCCUUUGUACUUUACUGGGACCCAGAUGUUGAAUACGUGACUGAGAAGAUGAAGCUGCCCAACAUGAAUAAAGGAAACAUCUACAUCGGGUACUCGGUGGGGAAGGACAGUGGAUUAUUGAGCAGGAACCAUGACACAGUGGUAACUGGGGCUCCGAGGGACGACAGUAAAGGUUCUGUGAUGCUGCUGAAGUUGAUUGAGAAGGACGAUGGUACCAAAGAUCUGCAGACUGUUCAGGUUCUGGAGGGAGAGCAGAUUGGCUCGUACUUUGGGAACAGCAUCGCUAUUGUCGACAUCAACAACGAUGGGUGGAAGGAGCUGAUUGUUGGAGCUCCGUUUUAUUUUAACCGGAGGAAGGAGGAGGGCGGGGCCGUGUAUGUUUACAUGAAUGAAAACGGCUCGUUCAGCCCCAGAACUGACCACAUCUUAACUGGACCCAAAGAAUCGGGGUUCGGCAUGGCUGUGUCGGCCAUCGGAGAUGUAAAUCAGGAUGGAUUUCACGAUUUUGCUGUUGGUGCACCAUAUCAUGGAACCGGGCGGGUUUGUGUGUGGUUGGGAGGAAAAGACGGUCUUUCACCCAAACCAAAUCAGGUGAUUGAAGGGAAGGAUGUGAGUAACGGAGGGUUCAAGACUUUCGGAUACUCGAUCAGUGGAGGCCUGGAUGUGGAUAAUAAUAAAUAUCCUGAUUUUAUUGUUGGUUCUCUGGAUGAUCGAGUGGCUUUACUGAGAGCGCGUCCAGUUAUUCACGUAAAGACAACGUUCAGCGUAACUCCACCCAUUGUCAACAUCAAAAACUGCGGUUCCUGCAUUAAGGCAAUGGUGUGUUUCUUAUACACCAUCAGUACAGGAGAUCCAAACUUUAACGAGAAAAUCACGAUGGAGUACACGGUGGAAGUUGAUGCGAUGCAGCGCAGUCGUGUUCUCUUUACCAACAACAAUAAAAACACCCACACUGGAUCAAUAAUCCUCAACUCACAACUCUCACAAUACUGUGAUACACACACACUAAGUGUACAGGAACCGGUGGAAAAUAAGGUGAGUCCGGUCAUCUUCACCCUGAACGCAUCACUGUUAGAACCUUCGGUUGGUGCCGGUGGUCAGACGGUGCAAAACCUGAAUUUAUUUCCUGUUCUGAGUCAGAAACAAACCCUCACCGACAAAACUGAGAUUCACUUCCAGAAAUCAUGUGGAGAAGAUAAUCAGUGUGAGAGUAACUUACAGAUGAGCGCCGCCUUCGCCAGGAACCAGAACGACAUCCUUCCUUUUAUGGAUGGGGAUCAGAUAUUACAGUAUAACUCCAGUUUGAAGAAGCUGAUGUUGCUCAUUAACGUCACGAACUCUCCGUUGCCGGGACGAUUAGCUGAAGAUGCUCAUAACACUGAACUGAACAUUUCUAUCCCAUCAUCGCUCCGAUUCUCCGGCAUCAGACCUGAGGCGUCGGUGGUGGUGGAUUGUGAUCCUGAGGGAACGUUUAUCUUGUGUGUGCUGGGAAACCCCUUCACCACCAAUCAGAUGGCUCGCUUUGCGAUUAUCUUCGAGCCGUCUUCCAUCACUCUGGAUACACAGCAGAUCAUCUCAACACUGCAGCUCUCAACGUUGAGUUUACAGAAUGAUUUGGCUCCACUGAACAAAGUGCUGAUUGUGGAUUAUACACUGCAGACUUCUUUUAUAGUGGCGCCCCCGCGGGUGCAAACCGACUUCAGUGGGACGAUUGUUGGUGAAUCAGCGAUGAAGCAGACGGCAGAUAUCGGGAGUCCCGUCCAGUUUAAAUUCACUGUGGUUCUGGAUGGACCUCCUCUGAGGAAUCUGGCUCAGCUCUACGUGGAGUUUAACUGGCCUUUAGAGGCAGAAAAUGGGAAGUGGCUUCUGUACAUCUCCGAAAUCAGCAUGAGAGGAACGUCCGAGUCCUCGUGUGUUCCAGCCGGAAAUAUCGUCAACUCACUGGGUCUGCAGGUAUCAGAGACAGAAAGUUUUCGGAGGAAGAGAGAUGAAUCUACUGACCUGUCUGGUAAAUCAGGCAGUCCGACGCCCCUCCACUUACAAACCAUGGCCAGGAAAAAAGUCCAGCUGAAAUGUGGGGAGAACAUCCGGUGUAAAACCUUUAGCUGUUUCCUACACAACAUGACAAACAGCGCUACAGUGACGGUGCAGGGACGACUGUGGAACAGCACCAUGCUGGAGGAUUUUAAGGACGUCUCAGUCAUCACCAUCAUGGGCGAGGCUUCACUGAAACUGAGCACCAACAAACCCACCAUCCACCUGAACGAGGAGAGCACCCGUCUCACGUUUACGGUGGAGGUUACUCCGGUGAUUGAGGACGAGGCCGUGUACCAGGUUCCACUGUGGAUCAUCAUUGUCUCUGCGCUGGCAGGUGUUCUUCUGCUCACCUUCAUCAUCCUGCUGCUGUGGAAGUGUGGGUUCUUCAGGAGAGCCAGUACGAGGGAGAUGUAUGAGGCCAAGUCACAGAAGGCUGAGAUGAAGACGCAGCCGUCAGAUAAAGAUCGACUGACUGAAGAGUGAUGAUGGAGUGCAUUAAUCACUGCUGGUGUGGGUUCUUCAGAAUGGACCAUGCCCAAAUACCACAAAGUGAGGGCGUGUAGGGAGC